UGUUUAUAAUUGCUCAAGCACAAAGUCAUUUGGCAGGUCAAUCGAUAGAGAAGUUAUAUAAAUUGAUCCAAGACGCGAGGCGCAUUAUUAUAAUGGAUAAUGACCUAACUGACCUUAAAAUUGAAUGGAUUAAGGCCCUUCGUAAGAAUAUACCUCUCUCUAUUAUCCACAAUACUUACCAACCUCAGAAAGGUAAGACAUUCCACUUGGCUCCUAAUAAAGAAACAGUAUUAGCUGAACUUUGGGAAUGGGCUAAGCAAAUGUCUUUAUUACCUUCUGAGAAUCGGACAAGCGCAUCGCUCAUCUGUCAUCUUAGAAAAGAUGUGCAAGGAAUAGUUCGUUCCCUCAAGACUGUUUUUCCAGAAUUAUGGAUCAAGGAAUAUCACGGCAAAUCUGAUCCAGUGGAAAAGGCUCAUGACUUCAGCAAUGUAGAAGAAUCAUGGAAAGACGUAGACUUAGUUGCCUAUACAAGUACUUUAAAAAUAGGAGUAUCCUGCACUAAUCCUAAGUUUGAGCGAGCAUUCUGUCUUUUUAAUAGCUACAUAGAAACAAAUGCCGGAACGAAUCAGAUGUUAUUCCGCAUGCGAUGUAUUAAGGAUUAUAUAUGCCAUAUCGAGCAAAGAACGUCUAAUGUUCCCAUUAUAGAAGAUGGGUUAUUUCGAUGGUUGUUAAGUGCUAAGCGUGAAUGUCUCCCCCGUGAACUUCAGAAUAGAGGAAUAUUUCCUGACAUAGACUCUAUCAUUCGGAAUAAGGAUGUACCAUCUGUUCGAUUAUGA